CAUCAAGCCGUUCGCCCCGCACGCCGAGGGGCCCGGGCCUCGGGGCAGCAGCGCCUUCGGAGACGACGCUGACGACAACACGUGGGCCUGCGGCGCCGUGGGGAUUUUAAGGAAACAGAGAUGCAAAGUGGGAAGAAGAAAUGGAGAGAACAGCAGCAUCACCCUGCGUGCGUCCAGCAUCUCACACGAGAACUUGUCUCACUGGAAUUUGGAUUCAGAAGUACCUGUUCCUGAAAAUAAAAAUCUCCCAGCUGGAAAGGAUAGUGCAGCACGUGAAUAGCAAGCAGGGGAUAUUUCAAUUAUGGAGUUAUCCUCUUAAUGAAGGAAGUACCAUGGAGAAGAGGGAUUUCAAAAAAUCUUCAGUGGAAACUGGCUUUAAUGUAACCAAUAAUCCCAUAAGGCUCUUCACUCUGAACCACUCACUUGUGACAAGUGCUUCAGUUGAGAAACAAGUUGGUUCUUCUCCUGGACUGCAGAUACCAUCAGGUCUCUGCUGGCCCUAUGCUGAUGGAGACUUUUUCAAGGACAGAAAUGAGCCUUAUGUUAAUUUAUGUUCGACUACAGAAAACAACAGUGGUGAAACUUUACCUGCUCCAACUUGGAACUUGAAAUAUGGAAACAGCAGGGUGGAAGAAAACUUAACAGAUGAAAGUGAUUUAUCAGAAAAUGAAAAAGCAAGUGAUAGUUUGCUCAGCUAUUUCAAGAAGAUGGACCUGAACUUAAAGCCAGAAACAAUAGUAAACGUUGAGGAAUCUUUCACAGAGGAACCAAGUGAAGUAUUUCCAUAUCCUGAUUUUCUCCCUUCUCCUUUCAAUACUCUGGACUUGCACAAAUUAGCCCUCUCAAAAUCUGAAAAUUGGAAAGCAACAGUGGAACUUCCAGAAAGCUCUGUUGAACGUCUGAUAACUCGUUUACUAGAAAUGGAAAGAUUACAACACAUGACUAUCCAAAAAGAGAGGCCUCGACUACAAACUACCUUCUGUACUCCAGCAGCUACUGAACGACCCUCUUCCUCCAAAGCUAUGACCAAAGUGAGACAGCCCAAACUUUCGGAUCCUUUGAGUCUUCAGACGACUUGCGUAGAUAAAAGUCGUGAAAAAAGAAAAAGCAAUUCUGGAUCUUGUAAGCUCGAACAAAAUGCCUCAAAAUGGAAUUGGAAAGAUGCUGGCAAAUAUAAAUGGAAUCCUAGACCAACGUCUCUAAAAAGCCCAUCUACCACCAAACAGUUGAAUGCAACUUGUGAUGACUUGAGGAAUCUCACAAGCUGUAUUUUAAGUCCAUGCCAAGAACUCUCAGCCAAGCCUCCUACUUCCCAAACAACUCAGUCAUUGGUUAAAAUGGUCUCAACAAGAUGUCUGCCAUCAAAGUCUCCAAUACCAGGCUCAUGUAUCCCUCUGUCUUUUCCCGAAAAUCAGAGGGAAGAAAUUAAGGCACCAAGGACAAAAAGGAAACUUUAUCAAAAAACCAUAGCACUGAACAGACCAUUCUAUAUCCAGAAGCUAAACUGUUAAUCACCUUCCUUUACAGCUAAGGAUAAGUGUUCACCCAUAGACCAAAAAUAACUUUUCUUUCACACAUCUCAAUGUGAGCAAAUCUGUUUCCAAGAAGCUUGGCUAAAAUGUGGUUCAUCAUUCCGAGAUACAGGUAUUACACACAUGCAUGAGUAACUUGAUGUGAUGUGGAGUGGAAUUUGUAAAAAUCACUACUGAGAUGUGUAAAUAUAAAUCCAAGGGCUUCCAUGCUGACAUAUUUGACAGUCUUUUGCAUGUUAUGUUUCAGAGGAAUGUUUCACUUCGUAAACUGUUCUAGUCAAAAGACUAUUCUCUUUUGCUGUGAUUGUUUCCCAGUGUAAUUCCAUCAUCAAUAAAUGCUAAAUCAACUUA